AUGCCACUUACUGAGGACUUCAAACCCAUCACUUUGAAAGAUACGAACCUGUUCAAGCCAUUAUAGCAGCAAUCGGCGAAAGCGUCGUGGGACACAGGACAGUGAUGUGCCUGCUCAGCAAAAUGCGUGCGCAUCCUGCAGGAAACGCGCCCAACAAAGACGGGGCUAUUGAAAACUACGGUCAGCGUUCCAAGAAGCCAGGGGAACCAUGAUCAUAACGGAAGGUAUACCUUCGCCUGACUGUGGUGGUUACAGACUCCUCGUAUAUGUCCUGAAGAGCAGCUUGCGGAAUGGACGAAGAUUUUUGCCAAGGUUCACGAGAACAAGUCCUUUAUCUGGCCCCAGCUUCGGGUGUUGGGGAGACAGGCCUACCCCGAUGCCCUGAAACGCAACGGCUUGCGUUACGGCUCUGUCUCGGAUGAGGUAUACAUGAACGCU